AUGAGAAUCACUUGGAGAGAUCGUGACAGAGAUUUUCUCCAGCAUCUGGAAGGUGGUGAAACAACUUUUCAAACGUUAUCCCGUGCAUUGAGAGAUACUAGAAGUGAGUUCAAACCAAUACCAGGUUUUGAACAUGAAGUUCAUAACUACACGCAGGAUAUAGACUGUGAUGAAGUCUAUCCAAAUAUUUACAUCGGAGAUGCGGAAACUGUAAAGAAUAAACCAUACCUGCAGAGAAUUGGUAUUACGCACGUUUUGAAUGCUGCGGAAGGGAAUCGUUUUGGGCAUGUUAAUACAAAUCAACAUUAUUAUCGUGAUACGCCAAUUAAAUAUUUUGGAAUACCAGUAAGCGAUUUACCAACUGUCGAUAUAAGUAAAUAUUUUAACGAUGUCGCUAAUUUUAUUGAUGAAGCUUUGAAAAAUAAUGGUAAGGUAUUUGUACAUUGCAUGAUGGGAAUAUCAAGAAGUUCAACAUGUGUCAUUGCUUUCUUGAUGAUUAAGCGUAAUAUGCUAUGUGAAGAUGCGAUACGCUUAAUUCGUAAAAGCCGUGACAUUCAUCCAAAUGAUGGAUUUUUGCGUCAAUUAGCGGCGCUUGAUAAUCAAUUACGCCGUCGACGGCUUUAA